AUGAACCGCCCAUCCAUCGCUCCAGGCUUCAAUUACAUAGAUUCGCUCGGUAACCCGUACCUGGAGGGGGUUUGGCAGCCCGUUUUCGACGAGAUCGUAGCGGACAAGCUAGAGGUUAUUGGAGAAGUACCACGCGAUUUAAACGGCGUUUAUCUCCGCAAUGGCCCAAACCCUAGAUUUCAACCACGGGGCCGAUAUCACGUUUUCGAUGGCGACGGAAUGUUGCAUGCUGUCGAAUUUGAUCACGGCAAAGUGACCUACCGAAACCGAUGGGUACGAAGCGAGGGCCUGGCGAUGGAGGAGCAGCAGGGCCAAGCUCUGUGGCGCGGCCUGAUUGACCGGCCUGAUCGCAGUCUGCCCAAGUCCUGGGGUUCGGAUCAAUUCCUUAAAGAUAACUCAAACACUGAUGUGAUCAUUCAUAACGGUGAGGCGAUCUCGACUUUCUAUCAAUGCGGCGACGGCUAUCGGAUCAACCCGCGUACCUUGGAAACCGAAGGUCGCUUGGACAUGGCUAGUAUGGGGGUCCGGUCGAUCUCUGCGCACCCCAUGGUCGAUGAAUACAGCGGGGAGAUGAUGUGGUUUGACUACAGCACUGAAGCGCCGUUCAUGACGUAUGGUGUAAUAAACGGAGCGGGCGAACUAACCCACCAUGUGCCAAUCGACUUGCCCGGCGCCAGAUUGCCGCACACGUUGGCCAUAACGGAAAACCAUACCAUUCUGAUGGAUCUAUCACUCUUUUGGGAUCCUGAGUUGCUUAAGUCUGAUAUCCACAAGGUGACUUUCUUUCCCGACAUGCCGAGUCGAUUCGGCAUUAUUCCGCGGCAUGGUAGCGCGGCAGAAUUACGCUGGUUUGACGCCGAGCCGAACUACAUUUACCACGUGACCAACGCUUGGGAAGAAGGCGCUGAGAUCGUCCUUGAUGGCUGCCGAAUGGGGACGCCGGAACCACCGCUGAUUCCGUCAAACUCUAGCGGAACGCAACUGGACCGUUUGCUGUCGUGGGGUAAGCUCGAUGCCCGAUUAUAUCGCUGGCGAUUUAACCUGAAGACAGGUGAAACGCGCGAGGAGUGGCGUGACGAUCGAUUUACCGAGUUUCCAACCAUCAAUGGUAGCUACGCAGGCCGCAAGACUCAGUUUGGCUAUCACAUGAUCGUUGACCAGGUUAAUCCUACGCUGCAGUUUACUGCUCUGGCCAAGUAUGAGUUGGACACCACCACGGCCCAGGUACAUGAAUUUGAUAAGGGUUGUUACGCUAGCGAAUCGCCGUUUGCCCCGCGCGAUGGCUCAACUGCUGAGGACGACGGAUAUCUGGUGACUUUUGUGACCGACGAAGCGAACAACUCAUCUGAGUUACAGAUUUUCGAUGCCAGAACACUGGUGGAUGGACCAAUUGGGCGGGUCAAGCUCCCAGUAAAAGUGCCACCAGGUUUCCAUAGCUGCUGGGGACCGGAUCGGCUCCUCGGUUAG